AUGGCUACCGUUAUACCCCCACCAUCAAAGAAGCAAAAGAAAGAGGCACAAAAGGUUCAAGAAGUGAACUUGAUACCUGACGAUUUGCCCAACGUAUUGAUAAAAUUCCAGGCUUCAGACACUGGAGAAUCUGUAGGUGGGUCUAUUAGAGUUCCUGGUGGUAUCACGGAGAAGCAGCUUGAAGAAUUAUUGAACCAAUUACACGGAGAUAUAGAUGAACCUGUGCCGUAUACAUUUGCGUUAUUAAACAAGACCAUCGAUGACAAGAGUGAAACGGGCAGUUUGGUAGAUAUCAAGGACAACUUAUACUCUUCGGUAUUGCAACCAGGAAUAAAAACUACUGAAGAUUUCUUGACAUUAGUGUAUACCCCACGAGCUGUGUUCAAGGUCAAGGCUAUUACCAGAUCAAAUGCUGCUAUUGCUGGACAUGGGUCUACUAUAUUGUGUUGUCAGUUUGCUCCUAAUGAUAGUGGCAGAAUGUGUUCUGGAGCAGGUGAUUCUACAGCUCGAAUUUGGGACUGUAACACCCAGACCCCUCUCUAUACUUUAUCAGGACAUACUAACUGGGUGUUAUGUGUAGCUUACUCUCCAUGUGGUACUAUGAUUGCUACGGGAUCUAUGGAUAAUACCGUAAGGUUAUGGGACACUGACACUGGCAAGCCAUUAGGGAAAGCAUUGACUGGCCAUUCCAAGUGGGUUUCAUCUUUAACGUGGGAGCCAUUGCAUCUAGUUAAGCCUGGCGAGAAACCUCGUUUAGCUACAUCGUCGAAGGACGGCACUGUCAAAGUGUGGGAUAGCACUAGAAGAGUGUGUUUGUUGACAAUGAGUGGUCAUACCAAUGCCGUUUCUUGUGUGAAGUGGUCUGGUUCCAACAUCAUCUACAGUGCAUCCCAUGACAAGACUAUCAAGGCAUGGGAUAUCAGUGCACAAGGCAAGUGUAUCCAGACGUUGAAGAGCCAUGCCCAUUGGGUCAACCAUUUGUCUAUUUCAACCGACUACGUUUUGCGCAAAGGUGGAUUCGACCAUACGUCUACCAAGGUUUCGAGCAAAAAGCUUUCCAUGGAAGAGUUGCGCGCUAAGGCAUUAGAGCAGUACGAAAAAGUUGCUAAAGUCGGUGGUGUUAUCAGCGAACGUUUGGUCACAGCCUCAGACGACUUCACUAUGUACUUUUGGGAGCCACUCAAGUCGUCCAAGCCAGUGUGCCGUAUGACCGGACACCAGAAACUCGUGAACCAUGUGUCGUUCUCCCCUGAUGGUCGUUACAUAGUGUCGAGUUCGUUCGACAACUCCAUCAAGAUCUGGGACGGUUUGAAGGGCGUUUUUGUAGGUACCUUGAGAGGACACGUAGCACCAGUAUACCAGACAGCGUGGUCUGCUGAUAAUAGACUUUUGGUCAGUUGCUCUAAGGAUACCACUUUGAAGGUGUGGGAUAUCAGAACAAGAAAGUUAAGUGUGGACUUGCCGGGCCAUUCAGACGAGGUUUAUGCUGUUGACUGGAGUAUGGACGGAAAGAGAGUGGCCAGUGGAGGUAAAGAUAAGAUGGUGAGAUUGUGGUCGCAUUAG